AUGGACAGACGAAGAAUCAAUGGACCUCCCAGCGGCACGCGACCUGCUGUUUUUGCCUCUUCCAUUAAAACCGCACCAGGCGCUGCGACAGAAAGACCAAAACGCCAAAGGCAGUCGAAUGAGCUACGCAAGAUAUUUCUGAAAACCGGUAUUAUUCCUACGGCCUCCGGCUCCAGUUAUGUUGAAUUUGAGCCAUCAGCCUCUCUCGCCGCUGCGCACUCGUCUCCUCAAUCCUUGAUUCCUUCGUCGUCUUCCCUAAAACUGGCCUGCACAGUCCACGGUCCCAAACCUCUUCCACGAUCUGCUACAUUUUCGCCAAAUAUCGUUCUUACAACACAUGUCAAGUACGCCCCAUUUGCCGCCCGCAAGAGAAAGGGCCAUAUCCGCGACACGGGCGAACGUGAUCUUGGCGUACACUUGGAAACUGCGCUACGCGGUGUGAUUGUCGCCGAACGAUGGCCAAAGAGUGGUUUGGAUAUCACGAUCACGGUACUAGAAGCGGAGGACGAUCGUUGGUGGGGUGAUGCGGCAGAUUCGCACGAUGCGUCCUGGGGUAUGAUGAACGUUCUGGCUGGCUGUGUUACGGCUGCAUCUGCUGCUAUCGCGGACGCGCGUAUUGAUUGUCUUGACCUGGUAGCGGGUGGUGUGGCAGCUCUUGUUUCUGACGAUUCGACGAAGGACGAGGAAGGGCCAAAGUUGAUAUUGGAUGCGGACCCGGCAGAACACCAGUCGAUCCAAUCUGCUUGCGUGGUGGCGUACAUGCCUGGGCGGGACGAGAUUACGGAGCUUUGGCUUAAGGGUGAUAGUUCAAAGGCGUCGUUAGGUGAUGGUGACCAGCGUGUUGGGCACGAGGCUCUAAUAGACGGCGCGGUGGAUGCGGCUCGAGGAGCUCAUACGGUUCUGACAGAAGCAGUCAAGGAGUCCGCAGAGCGGUUCAUCCGUCAGGCUAUGGGGUGA